AGGUUCAGCUUUAUGCUCAUUUCCUUUCUUAACAACCUCAGUUUGUUUUCAGCUUCUGUGGGAGAAGAAAACAGCAAGGGUGAGUUAAGAGGUACCUGGAUGCUCAUUCUUGAACAGAACAGCAAUCUGUGGCUCAGGGCUGGGGAUUCUGGUGACCUUAGUGGAUGCCUUCAACAGCAGAGCGGUUCCUUCUCUGGAGAACACGGUGAUAUCUGUGUCCUAGUGUGAGGACUCAGUGGCUCUGCAGAGUGAGGUUCCCACAGAAAUGGUCGUGGCAGUACCAGACCUGGGCUAUGGAGCAGCCCCCACGGAGCAGCCCCCCCAAAAUGACGAGGAGUUAUGGAAGAAGUACAUGAGUUUAGUUCAGAUGAAGAAGGAACUAGAGGGAAGCUGCAUGAAGAAAGAUGAGCUUCUCCAUGAAGCACGAGAAGCCUUGGCAGAGGAGCAAGCCAAAAGAGAGACAGCUGAGAAGGAAAAGCGGCUUCUUGAGAAAAGGUGUAAAAUGCUGCAGCAAAAGUUAGAGACUCUAGAAACAAUUUUCCAGGAAUCCAUGGCCCAAAUGAGAGAGGAGAUAAAGAGAGAGAGAAAAAACCUUCUGAGAGGGCAGAAUGAGAGGAUUCAGAGGCUGGAGGCCCAAAUAAAAAUCAUGACUGGUAACAAGCAACAUACUGAAACUGACUGCACUCCAAAGAUAAUGGAGAACAAUGACGGAGAAGAUACUUCGCGGCCUUCGUGGUGGCCUCAAAUUUGUGAGCUGCUACAAGAGUUGAUUUUACUAAUGGUCAAGUUUUUCUCUUGUAUAUAAUUUCAGAUACCUGUGCACAGUAUUCAGACUUCUUCCAACAACCUCUACGAUCCUCACCUUUAUGUUGCAGACUGGUUUCUCCAUGAAGUCUUGGAUUUCCUGAAUCCUCUAAAGCGGGUUGGGUGGCCCUCCUUUGUGAUCUCAUUGUACCUAUGGCAUGAUUUUGAAAACUUACGUUACCCAUUGA